CAGGUCGAGAUUACGUUCACGUAGAAAUUGUUUCACGUAUUCGAGCAUCGUUUCGAUAGACAACGAUUUUGUAUUACUUAUUUACCAAGUCUUGUUUAUUAUGUCUUGCCAAACAAAUAUGAUGUCAUACAAAAUAUGAUGAACAAUCGUGUUAAGUCUGUGCUCUUUCACGGCUUCAACUCCUCCGUGUGAUUUGUGCCAAGAAUUAAAGAAGAUCGAAAAGAAUUCAAGCGCAUCUAGGAGAAGAAGACUAAGUGUUCAGAAUAAUAUGCCAAGAAUUUAUUGUUCAGAAUAAUGUCAAGAAUUGAUUGUUCAGAAAAAUAUGCCAAGAAUUAAUUGUUCAGAAAAAUAUGCCAAGAAUUUAUUGUUCAGGAUAAUAUACCAAGAAUUAAUUGAUCAGAAUAAUAUGCUAAGAAUUAAUUGAUCAGAAUAAUAUACCAAGAAUUAAGUGAUCAGAAUAAUAUACCAAGAAUUAAUUGAUCAGAAUAAUAUACCAAGAAUUAAUUGAUCAGAAUAAUAUACCAAGAAUAAAUUAUUUAGUAUAAUAUGCCAUGAAAGUUUCUACAAAACAACUACAGAAAAGGAAAUGCUUCACAUCGAACAUGAUUACCCCCCUUCAGUUAAUUGUGUUCAAAACUAUCAUGUUGUUAUCUAUUUCAAUUUCAUAUAACGUUUUCAAUUUAGGAAAAACAUUGAAGAUGGAACAUCGUUCUAGUUUCCGACUUUUCCUGAUGAUCGUCGCUGCACUUAUCCUAGCAGGACAGGCAAGAUCGGAGGCGCUGUUCCAGUCCCACGCUCCCCUGGCGGACGAAAAUCUGGGCUACUGGGACGAGCUGGACCACGACAACAUACACGACUCCAUCGUCAAACUUCCAGGACGCCAUUCUCCUAAACUUUCGUAUAAUCCUCCUGGUGCUUUUGAAGAAAAUGCAAAAUAUAAUCGAAGACGUUCGCAAAAUUCACAGAGAAACAGAAAUAAUCCCAUAUCUUACAAAAAUUCAAGGAAUAGUCGGUUUGAUGGAAGAGAACCACAAUCAAACCCGAUUCAGGUUCAACCUCAGUUAUCUCCAUUGAGAAGUCGCCCCGGUGACGACACCAGCAGAGUUGUGAGUGCAUGGCAACCGAUCACAAUAGACACAGACGACGCUCAGCAGAAUAUGAAACUUCCUGAGCUUGAAGUUAGUCUUCGUCAUAACCACGAUAGCGGACAAGAGGAUGAACAAAUGAAGGAAAUUGAGCCCAAGAGUCCCGACAUCGACGUGCCGGCCACUCAGUUCGACCGGACGAUGCCGAGGAAUGUAACAGUGGGAGUUGGACGUGUGGCUGAACUGCCGUGUCGUGUGUUGCACUACCAGGGACAGUCGGUAUCGUGGAUCAGAAGGAAGAACCUACAGAUCCUGACGGCGGGCGAGUACAGAUACGUCACGGACGUGAGGUUCUCUAUCGUCCACAGCGUCGCGACGCGGCAAUGGCUACUCAGGAUCAACGGCGUCAGGUUCAGCGACGCUGGCAUCUACGAGUGUCAGGUCGCCACCCAGCCGCUACUUAUCUUCGCUGUGCUACUCGUCGUAGAAGACCGCGCUUCUGCUGCCAGAGGCCAAGAAGAGACCACGGGCACGCCUAUGGCUGAUGCUUCUGAACGCAAUGACAUAAAAGCCGUGAUUCUCGAAGGCCCUGAAAUUUCGGUGGCCGAACACACGCCUCUAACGCUGCGCUGCGUCGUGCAGCACCGCGCAGGGCAGGCGAUGGAGGCGCGUUGGUUCCACGAAGAUACAGAGCUUGAUCUUUCGUAUGGGUGGAUACAUCCGGACAAGCAGCAGCGGACAUCACAGCUACCUAUGUUGGAUAUUUCUAAUUCAGCAAGAUCUGAAUAUCCAUCAUAUUUUAAAUCUACUGCACAAAAUCAUAAUACUGAGGGAUUCCCAAAAUUCUACAGUAAAUAUCCUGCACUCUUGAAAAAUGCACCAGGACAUCAGGAUCGUGCAGAAAUAUUUAUUUCACGCAGCAAUCGGCCUGUUCCUUAUACGGAACACGUCAAAUUAGAUCAGUUUGAUGGUCAAGACUAUGCAGAUAUUCACACACGCAGUGAAGUCAAAAGUUCUCAUGAUAAUCGUCAAGCAACAAUAUUUUACCAACAUGUAUCUAGAUCUUUAAAGAACUUCAAUGACUAUGAACCUGAUCUUGACUUUAAAAACCACGUCAUGUCAUCUGGCUCGGACUCUUACAGCGACAGCUUUCGGGAUUCCGAGGCACAAUUUCCUCGAUCACGCAAGAUCAAACAUCUUCUUCCAAUCCAAAGGGACGGCAUUGCUGGAAAAUUUCUCCCCGAUGAAUCAGGCAAUUUGACAAACCCGACGGCUGAAGGAUUGAUCAACAGCACUUUUCACCUUCACGUUGGCAUCGCAUCGCAAGAAAAAGGAGGAACCUACACGUGUAGUCCACGCGGAGGAGAGAACGCCACAGUCUCCGUGCGCGUCAGACCACCUGACGAACGACUUUUUGAACAAGAACUGAGGUCAUCUAGCGGUGCCAGCCUCUUCUUGUACGGCUGCAACGGCUGGAUGCUUGUGGCCGUUACCUUCUUCGCCAUCUUAAAGGCCAUCAUUUUUUCGCUUAACUGGUAUUCCUAA